UAGCCUGGUAAGAUGGCUUCAAGGGCAAGCGGGACACUGGGGAGUUGAUGGACAGACACGGGAAAGCAACAGCGCGCAGUGUAAGAUUUAUCGAAAGGAAGAAGUAGGCAGGCCAUUCUAGCCGGUUUAUUUGACCGAAAGCAUCUAUAAAAUAAUUUCAAACAGGCAGCUAAUAAAGAAGGAUAGAAAUGAACUUGGACCAGUUCUCGGCGUAUGCAGGAGCAUCGAAUGAAGCGAUUAAUUACAAUAAUUACGAUGCCAGUCAGCUGUUGGGGUAUUACAGACAAGGCAUGUACGAGCCGAUGUGCCUAAAUUCGGUUGGCAAUACACAACAUUUGCCCGCUUACACGCAGCAACAUUCGCAUUAUUACUAUAAUUCAAGUAUGCACAUGGCACAAACUCAACAGGCCAAGGACCUUGUAAAGCCGCCAUAUUCAUACAUUGCCUUGAUUGCCAUGGCUAUACAGAACUCGCCAGAUAAGAAAAGUACACUGAGUGGGAUAUACCAGUUCAUAAUGGAUCGAUUUCCCUAUUACAGGCAAAAUAAACAAGGCUGGCAAAACUCAAUCCGCCACAAUUUGUCAUUGAACGAGUGCUUUCUCAAAAUAGCACGAGAUGACAACAAGCCUGGCAAAGGCAGCUAUUGGACACUAGAUCCUGAUAGUCUGAACAUGUUUGAAAAUGGAAGCUACUUAAGGAGGAGGAGAAGAUUCAGAAAGAAAGAGAUGAAAAAAGGAAAACACAAAUGCGAAACGAAUGAUACAAAACAAGAGAAGUCUAGGCAUGAUAAAGGCAAUGACUCGAAGUCUGAUUCAGAGGAUAGUGAUUCAAUGGGGAAUGCGAAAGAGGAGUCCAAAGACAAGGAAGAUAAUUGGAACCCAAGCUCAAACGAAAGCUCAGAUUUUCGAUCAAGUAAAAGUGAAGAAAACAGUUUGUCUGAAGGAGAAUUCGCUUUUUCAAGGCCUUCGAGUAAGCCUUGUACAAACAAACAAAGUAACUUGGAAGAAAAGGAGCCAGUUUUGACGCAUUUGACAUCAAUAGCAUGUUUGGCUGAGACCCCACAAUCGUUUGAAUCUGUCCCACCAAGCACUCAUUAUGGACCAUUGUAUAACCAGGUUAUGGAGUAUUUGCCUGGCUAUCUCGAAAAUCAACAAAUGUUUGGAAACUUCCAACGAGAGCAGAUGUACACAUUGCCAUGUUCUGAUCGAAAAUUUCUACAGUUCCCAUAUGACGAAAAACGCGCAGAUGACGUGUACCAGUUCAAAAGCGAACACUCUGAUAAGUUCCAAAGUGACAUUGGCACUCAUUCUGCAUACGAUAUUUACCAAGACUAUGCGACAGGUUUCACUGCUCCACCAAAUGAUUCCUCCUUGCUUUGCUCGCGGAUCGAUACGGGCAGUCGGAUUGGUGCCAGUGACAACACACAGAUGUUCCAUAAUGGUACAUCGCCUGCUACAUGCACAGAUUCUGACGGUAAUGUUUUCCUGGAUGGGAUCAGCAGCACUUACAAAACCUUGUCGUAACUGUAGCACGCUUUCCUGUCGUAAUAACUUUUACAAUCGGCUACGAGACGAAAGCAGUUUAACUGCAAUAAUAAGGACAUUGAAUAAAUUAGCAUUUCUACUCCCCUUGGAGAAUAAAUAACUUAAAACUAUAAAAAAUUUCGUUAAUAUUUAAUAAGCGGUAGAGUGUAUUUAAUUGUAUGGCUUUGUACCGCUAAGAGAAUGUCGCGUGAGCAGUCUUGCAUCUUCAAUCUGUUUUUAAACAGAAUGAACUAGGCUUUUUGUUUAUUUAUAAUAGUUUUUUACUAAAAAACGAUUUAAUUAGGGUGUUUUAAACGUUGACUUGAUAAGCUACUCUAUAUUCAUAAUAAUACUUAGUCUAUGCAGAACGUAAAUGCAUGGAUAAAUUUUCUUUUGAAGAACUAUAAAACCUAAAUUAAUAAGGUUAAGAGCCAUUGCUGACCAAAAACAACGUUUAAAUGUACAGUCAACAUCUGCACCAUGUGUGGUACAAAAUGAUAGGCACAUCAACUUUUUGUCCUUGCGACUGAUGAAGUUAAUGGCAACGGUUUUUAAAAAUUCCCUCAUGAAGACUUUGGUAAACAGAUUCAGACUCAGUCAUGACGUAAUUUUGAUUUACAUCAAGGUAGAAAUGUCUUAGUUAAGGACUACCUUGGUUCAGAGUAAGUUGGUAUAUUUAGUCUAUCAUGAAAGUCCGUAAAGGCAAAAAAGUCAAGACACUUGCAUGUUGCUAUUUAAUUUUUAGUUUUUAUAUUAACACCGUUUCCCAAGUUGUAAUAUUUCAGUAAAAUGCAUAUGAUUUAAUUGCCGCUAGAUGGAAUGGAAACAAAUUUGAAAAGUAAAACUGAGAAGAUCACAUUGAAAUGGAAAACUUUAAAUAGCUACUAGGUCACCUCGAUUCAAAAGGGAAGAAUAGAAGAGGCAAGAAAGAUGAUCUAUGACAUUGCCAAAGGCACAAAAUAAUCCUUGAAGAAGUAUGAUUCAUAGAAACUGCUAAUAAAUCUGGAAUUUAGCAAACUAGAUUAAGGCCCCAGUACUGCACGCAAAUCAAGACAAACCAAAGGAAGAAAUUAUUAAGAAAACGGAGGGACAAACAGUUUGCUUCACCAAACAAACAUCUUGAGGUCAUUUUAAAAAUUUUAAGCCAUAUUGAUGCAAUUUAGCAUAUGUUUCCUUUAUCACCAUUAUCGUCACUAUUAAAAGAGAAGUAAAGAAAUAUUAUUGUAAGUUAUAAUAGUGAAUGUACAUAUUAUAAUGCACAAUUGCGUUAUUAAAAUUAAUAUUUAUUGCGAGUAAUCUAUGUCGUAAACGUUGAUGGUUUUGAAAGGUUAAAUUUUUUAUAGUUCGUUUACAAAGGUUUUCUUAACAUGAAUUUUGGAUUUUUAGUUUCAUUAUUAGAACUGGAAAAUAAUGCAUUUCCUUCUAUAUUUUGCGAU